AUGCUGAUUCGAAAGCACCUUGUUUCCGACCCAGAACAUCGUUCCGCCAUAGAAUUGGCUCAUCUGAAUCUACAAGGCAGCAUGCAAGCACCGCAGCAUGGGACAAAAGUAACCAUCAAAAAAACACCUUAUCAAUGGGCAUCGCGGCCAAGCCUUUGGAAUAGGUUCUUGGAUCAUUUCAGGAGUACCGCCGCGAUAACCGAGCCAAAUCCCGUGGAAUAUACGAUAGAGACCUCUACGGCGCCGGCCGAAGACAACAACAACCCGUCGGCCGAAGGCCCCCGAGUGGGUACACGAGAAUGUGUUGCAGUAGAGAGGCAAUACUCGUUAAUUGCCUUCGAAGGCCAGGGGGCCAUUGUGAACCCUGUUGCUCUUCGAGUCGCUCGUAACGACACGUAUAAGGAAAAGAGUCAGGGUGCCAUUUUGAUCUCUGGCGAGGACGCCUUUGUGACUCCUCCCGACUUGACUGACGCUAUGGCGUCGAGUUGGUUCUUUUAUGUUCUUUUGAUGGAAAGUCCCAGGACUAUAGGAGGUAAGUCCGUUAGAGGACCAGGCUGCCGCUGUGAACUUGGUGAGGAUGCCUCUGUGAUUCUUCCCGAUUUGACUGACGCUAUGACGUUGGAUCGGCUUCUUCGGACAUUGGUGGACAUUGGUGGACGUUCUUGAGAGUGCCGUUUGAUCUCUCAAAAGAAGGCUAGGCCGCCGCUGUGAACUUGGUGAGGAUGCCUCUGUGAUUCUUCCCGAUUUGACUGACGCUAUGACGUUGAAUCGGCUUCUUUGAACGUUGGUGAUGAUGGAUUUGAGAAGGAGAGUGCCGUUGUGAUCUCUCGUCUCAGUGACGAUGCCGUGCCGCUGUUGGACAUGUAUCAGGUGAGUUCAACGAGCCCAAGCCCAAGCCCAAGUCCAAGUCGCCGGCGGCCUCCCAUAGAAUAUGCGAAGGCCAACAUAAAAUAUUCGAAGGCUAACAAGAUGAUGAGAUAGGGUGAUGCGGUCAGCCGCCAAGAGUGACAAUAUGAUUGGGC